UGAAAGCAGUCCUUAAGAAAAGAGAGUAUGGACCAAAAUACACACAGAAUAACUUCAUCACUGGAGUCAGAGCAAUAAAUGAGUUUUGUCUUAAAUCCAGUGAUUUAGACCAGCUGAGGAAGAUUAAACGACGAAGCCCCCAUGAUGACACUGAGACUUUCACUGUGUACCUGAGAUCGGAUGUAGAGGCAAAGUCUCUUGAAGUUUGGGGUAGUCCAGAGGCUCUUGCUAGAGAAAGAAAAAGACGUAAAGAGGCAGAGAUCAAGUACAGAGAAAAUCUAUUUAGAAACCAAAGGCUGUUAUGGGAAUACAGGGAGUUCUUUGGAAAUACUAAGCCACGCUCCAGCGCAGCAGCUAUGUUUUUCAAGGGACCAGGGAAGGUGGUAAUGGUAGCUAUUUGCAUAAAUGGCUUGAAUUUUUUCUUUAAGCUACUUGCUUGGGUUUACACGGGUUCUGCAAGUAUGUUUUCAGAAGCCAUACAUUCUUUAGCAGACACGUGUAACCAGGCGUUGCUAGCUCUGGGCAUCAGUCAGUCUGCAAGGACGCCUGACCCUAGUCAUCCGUAUGGUUUCACAAACAUGCGCUAUAUUGCCUCCCUGAUUAGCGGGGUGGGCAUUUUCAUGAUGGGCGCAGGACUUUCUUGGUAUCAUGGGAUUAUGGGUUUACUCCACCCUCAUCCUAUAGAAUCUCUUCUCUGGGCGUACUGCAUUUUAGCGGGGUCGUUGGUAUCUGAAGGAGCUACCCUUCUCGUUGCUAUAAAUGAAAUUCGCAGGAGUGCUCGAGCCAAGGGUCUGUCGUUUUAUCAAUAUGUUGUGCAGAGUCGUGAUCCUAGUACAAAUGUGGUGUUACUGGAGGAUGCUGCAGCAGUUCUGAGUGUGGCCGUAGCUGCUACCUGUAUGGGUCUGACUUCUUUAACAGGAAACCCUUAUUAUGACAGUGUGGGGUCUCUAGGUGUUGGAACUUUGUUAGGAACUGUGUCAGCAUUUCUAAUCUACACUAACACGGAAGCCCUACUGGGACGAUCCAUUCAACCUGAACAACUGCAGCGACUCACCGAGUUACUGGAAAGUGAUCCUGUAGUAAGAGCAAUUCAUGAUGUUAAAGCUACAGACAUGGGAAUGAGCAAAGUGAGAUUCAAGGCAGAAGUAGACUUUGAUGGACGGGUUGUUACUCGUUCUUACCUGGAAAAACAAGACAUUGAACAGCUGCUACAA